AUGCCUUCUUCGCAAUUUCUUAAAUCUUCCGUUACUGCCAUCUCCAAUGGGGCUAGUACUUCUACAAACUCAAAAUAUACCCGAAUCAUUAACGUGACUCAUUUGAUCCCUUAUGAUACUUAUAUGUUAGAACCUCCAAAACAUUCUGAGGAUGGUACUAUUACAUAUAAUUGGUCUAUAAGACAACGAAGGGGCCAUUCGGCUCUUUACGCUGGAAUUUCUUCCUUAGCUAAAGACUGGGACAGUUACCACAUUGGUUUCGUAGGUCAAAUUUUUGACUUUGAAGAAAAGCUAAUUGAGAAUACUUCUUUUACCGAGGUUCUUAAGAAAAGUUUGCAAGACUUUUUAUUGAAAAAAAAAAUUGUGCCAGUAUUCCUUGAAGAUGAGCAACAUCACGGCCAUUAUGAGGGUUUUUGUAAAACUGUAUUAUGGCCGUUGUUUCAUUAUAUUUUGUGGGAUACCGCAACUGAUGGUCGUCAAGAAAAUCAAAACUGGGAACAAUACCGCGCUGUCAAUCAAGCAUUUACCGACAAAAUUAAAGAAAUUCAUCGCCCAAAUGAUUUAGUUUGGAUUCAUGAUUACCAUCUUUUAUUGGUACCUCGUAUGUUACGUGAUUCGCUUCCUGAUGCCGCUAUUGGCCUUUUCAUACAUGCUCCUUUUCCAAGUUCAGAGAUCUUUAGAUGUUUACCGCAAAGGAAAGAAAUGCUAGAUGGUAUGUUAGGUGCUAACCAAGUUGGUUUUCAGACAUAUUCUUAUGCGAGACAUUUUAUAAGCAAUUGUACUCGUAUUCUUGGUUAUGAAUCAACUCCAAGUGGUGUCGAUGCUAAAGGUUCAAUAGUAUCUGUUGGUCCUUUUCCAAUUGGUAUCGAUGCUGAAAGAGUAGAAGUGCAAAGAAAAAAUCCCGAAGUUGCUCCAAAAAUUGAUUCGCUAAGGGAAUUACACUCGGGAAAAAAAAUUAUUGUUGGUAGAGAUAAGCUCGAUUUAGUUAAGGGUGUAAUUCAAAAAUUACACGCUUUUGAAAAGUUUUUAUCUGAAUAUCCUGAAUGGCAACAUAAGGUCGUUCUAAUUCAAGUUACUUCUCCUGCUCUAACUGACUCUCCUAAACUUGAGCGUAGAGUUGCCGAGCUUAUUGCUCAUAUAAAUGGCACUUAUGGUUCUCUCGAUUAUACUCCUGUUCAUCAUCAUCAUAGUCAAAUUGAACAACAUGAAUAUUAUGCCCUUUUAAGUGUUGCUGAUAUAGGUUUGAUUACAUCGGUUCGUGAUGGAAUGAAUACUACUUCUUUAGAAUAUGUCAUGUGUCAACAAGAAAAUUAUGGCCCACUUAUUUUGAGUGAGUUUACUGGAAUGGCUGGCUCUUUGGGUGCUGCUAUUAUGGUAAAUCCAUGGGAUUAUAGUGGUGUAGCUAAAGCCAUAAAUGACGCUCUUACUAUGAGCGAUGAUGAAAGACAAAAUAAACAUAUGCAAUUAUACAGACAUGUGACUAUACAUACUGCUCAAUUUUGGGCAAAAUCUUUUAUCAAAGAACUUAUUCACAGUUUAAAUAUUAAUAAUCAAACAAAUAUUACUCCUCAUCUUGACGUACAACUUUUAUUGGAAAAAUAUAAAAGCUCUAAAAAUCGUUUGUUGUUAUUCGAUUAUGAUGGUACGCUCACACCAAUUGUAAAAACUCCGAGUCAAGCAGUGCCACAACAACAUAUGCUUGAGGCUUUAAGCAAACUCGUGGAUGAUCCAAAGAAUACCGUAUGGAUAGUGUCUGGGCGUGAUCAGGAUGUAUUGGAGGAAUGGCUUGGCAAUAUUAAGAAACUCGGUUUUAGUGCAGAACAUGGUUGUUUCCUAAAGUAUCCUGAAAGUGAUAAAUGGAUCAAUCUCACUGAAGAUAUUGAUAUGAGUUGGAAGAAUGAUGUUGAUGAGAUUUUCACUUAUUUCACUGAACGUACACAAGGUUCAUCUAUUGAACGUAAACGUUCUUCAAUUACAUGGCAUUAUCCUAAAGAAUGCCAAAAUCAUUUGGAAAGCGCAAUUCUACCAAAAUUACCGGUUGAAAUUUUAUUAGGCAAGAAAAAUCUUGAAGUUCGUCCAACAUUAAUUAAUAAGGGUGAAAUUGUGAAGCGUUUGGUGACAAGCAUGCAAGACGUAGAUUUCGUAUUUUGUGCGGGUGAUGACAGAACAGACGAGGAUAUGUUCCGAGCACUGAAAAGAUCACCCGACUUUAACGAUUUAGAUUAUUUCACAACUACCAUUGGGCUUCCCAAUAAAAAGACAUUAGCGAGUUGGCAUGUUACUUCACCUGAAGAAGUAAUUCAAACUAUGAUAAAAUUAACGGAAUCUAAUCGAUCUUAA